AUGGCCGCGGUUGUUACUUCAGCUCCCGGAAAAGUUUUAAUGAGCGGUGGUUACCUCAUUUUGGAGCGACCCAACGCAGGACUUGUCCUCAGUACAAACGCUCGCUUUUAUGCCAUCAUCAAACCCCUUCACGAAAUCAAAUCCGAUUCCUGGGCAUGGGCAUGGACAGAUAUUAGAUUAACCUCUCCUCAGCUUUCCAGAGAAGCUCUCUACAAACUCGCGCUCAAAAAUCUUGCCAUCCAAACCGUUUCCUCAAGUGAUACGAGAAAUCCUUUUGUGGAGUACGCGGUGCAGUAUUCCGUGGCUGCUGCUUAUGCCACGUUUGACCAGAGUAAAAAGGAGGGGUUGCACAAACUGCUUUUACAAGGUCUUGACAUUACAAUUUUGGGUUCCAAUGAUUUUUAUUCGUAUAGGAAUGAGAUUGAGAGACGUGGACUCCCUUUGACGCCAGAAUCGUUGGCCUCCCUUCCACCUUUUUCCUCCAUCACCUUCAAUGCUGAUGAUGCUGAUGAAGGAAAAUGCAAGCCUGAAGUAGCUAAAACUGGUUUGGGCUCAUCUGCAGCGAUGACUACGGCUGUAGUUGCUGCCUUACUUCAUUACCUGGAUGUUGUGAAGCUAUCCUCUUCAAACGAUCACCGGGAAAGGAAGGAUCUUAUAGAUCUUGAUAUGGUGCAUAAAAUUGCUCAAACUGCACACUGUAUUGCACAGGGGAAAGUAGGGAGUGGGUUUGAUGUCAGUUCUGCUGUGUAUGGCAGUCAGCGAUAUGUGCGGUUUUCACCAGAAGUGAUUUCUUCCACCCAGAUUGCAGAUAAAGGAGUUCCCUUACCAGAUGUUCUCUCUGAAAUUAUAAAAGGAAAAUGGGACCAUGACACGACUGAGUUCUCUUUACCACCUUUGAUGACUCUUUUACUAGGAGAACCUGGAACUGGUGGAUCAUCCACACCAUCAAUGGUUGGGGCUGUCAAAAAGUGGCAAAAGUCUGACCCUCAGAAAUCCCUGAACACAUGGAGAAGAUUGUCAGAGGCAAAUUCAGCAUUGGAAAUGCAACUAAACUUGUUAAGCAAAUUAGCAAAGGAACGAUGGAAUGCAUAUAAAUCUGUGAUUGAAAGCUGCAGCUUGCUCAGAUCAGAAAAGUGGAUAGAGCAUGCUUCUGAACCUAACAAGGAAGCAGUAAUUAAAGCACUGCUAAGUGCAAAAGAUGCCAUGCUGGAGAUUAGAUAUCAUAUGCGCCAAAUGGGGGAGGCUGCAGGUGUUCCAAUUGAACCAGAAUCACAAACGCAGCUUCUAGAUGGUACAAUGAACUUGGAAGGAGUACUGUUGGCUGGAGUACCAGGGGCAGGAGGGUUUGAUGCAGUCUUUGCUGUUUCUUUGGGAGAUUCAAGCAGCAAUGUAACAAGAGUAUGGUGUUCACAUAAUGUUCUUGCCUUGUUGGUUAAAGAAGAUCCUUGUGGCGUUUGUUUAGAAAGUGUUGACCCCCGAACCAAUGAAAUCACAUCAGCUGUGUCUUCAAUUAAUAUCGAAUAA